AUGGUGUGGUUUCAGUGCGAGGACUGCGGAGACAACCUGAAGAAGCCGAAGCUGCCCAGUCACUUCAGGAUUUGCUCUGCAACCAAGUUAUCGUGCAUUGAUUGCGGACAAGUAUUUGGGCAGCAAAAUGUCGAUGGGCACACUCAAUGCAUCACAGAAGCGUGCGAGGACUGCGGAGACAACCUGAAGAAGCCGAAGCUGCCCAGUCACUUCAGGAUUUGCUCUGCAACCAAGUUAUCGUGCAUUGAUUGCGGACAAGUAUUUGGGCAGCAAAAUGUCGAUGGGCACACUCAAUGCAUCACAGAAGCGGAAAAGUAUGGUCCAAAAGGCCAAGGAAAAGCUUCUAAUGGAACAGCAGCGAAGCCCAAUAAUGAUUUGAAGCAGAAACCUGAUGUUGAUAUAAAUGUGGGAUUAUCUGAACGUCCUCCAUGGUUUUGUAGUCUUUGUAAUACCAAAGCUACUAGUAAGCAAGCAUUGCUUCUCCAUGCUGAAGGAAAGAAGCACAGGGCAAAAGCACGGGCAUUCCAUGCAACUAAGCAACAACCUAAGCAAACUGAAGAUUCCCCUCCAAACACCAAAGUUUCAACUGAAAUUAUUAAAAAGGAUAAACUGCCUUCUAGUGAAGGCAUAGACAAACCAAAUGAGCAUCAUCCUUCUAGAGUUGCCUGUGCACGUGACAGCUCUAAGGCAGAAAAUGGGAGUGUGCCUUCAAGUAAGAAGAGAAAAGUUGAAGCAUCUGAUGCUGAAGGUGCUAGGCAAAAGGCUGGAGGUUAUGCAGCUGGUCAAUUGGACGAAGUGAUUCAGGUUGAAAGAGUAGAAACAGAGGAAGUCAAGUUCCAGGUCAAGAAAACCAAACACAGUGUAGCCAAAGAAGAGAAGGUAGUGGAUUCUAGCUCUCCCAGGGAAGGAGAUGAUGGCAAGGAAAAAAUUAAGUGGAAGAAGCUGAUCUCUUCAGUCCUGACAUCUAGAUCAGGUGGUGUUCUAAAGUUGAAGAAACUGAGAAAACUUGUUCUGAAUACUCUCAGAGAAUCUGGCUACACAGAAGAUGAAAACCAACUCACCAAUAUGCUUGAGCACAAGAUUCAUUCAAGUUCCCGAUUCACUUUUGAUGGCAAUUUUGUCCAUCUGGUUUCCAAAAGUUGAGGUGGGGUUUUAUGACAAUCGAGAGUGGCAUAUCGUAAAGAUUUGACACAUACCGGAGUUGUUUUUCCCCCUUAUAACAACUACCUGAGCAUAUAUCUAUAUGAUCUAAUCUGAAUGAUACUGUUGAUCUCCGGAAGCUGUCACAAGUUGAGUCAGUGAUUUUUUUGGCUUCUCUCCUGUGUUACCCAUCUCUGGUAGUUUUUGGCAGCACCAUUGAGUCUCAUUUUUUUUAUGCUCAUUUAUCUCGAGGACUUGACUUUUAAAUGUGUUGAUUUUGUAACAGAC